AUGCUUGGCAUCACCAUGAUAUCCUACAGGUUUAACAUCAUGGGGGGUUACACUGAGGUCCUUCAAGCCAAAAGAGGGAUUCGACAGGGUGAUCCUCUAUCACCUCUAUUAUUUGUCCUCAUUAUGGAGUACAUGAACAGAGGUGAUGAAAUUUCAAUGAAAAUGAUGUUAGAAACUUUCAGAAAUUUCUCCAAAUCCACAGGUCUGAAGAUGAACCCUAACAAAUGCAAGAUUUAUUUUGGAGGUAUGGAUAUGCAAACUAGAACGAGGUUGAAGGAACUAUCGGGUUUCCAGGAAGGCGCACUACCUGUCAAAUACCUAGGAAUCCCUCUUACUAGCAAAAGAUUAACCAUCACCCACUUUAUGUCGUUGGUGGAUAAAAUAGUGGCUAGAAUUCAUCAUUGGUCCUCUAGGCUCCUAAGUUAUGUUGGUAGAAUACAACUAGUGAAAAGCAUAGCUUAUGCAAUGGUACAAUACUGGAUGCACUGCCUCCCUCUGCCCAAAUACGUGAUGAAAAAAAUUGAUGCAAUUUGUCGGAGCUUCAUUUGGAAAGGAAAAAAGGAUGCGAGCAGGAAGUGCCCCAUGGCGUGGAAAACCACGUGCAGGCCUGCUGCGCAAGGUGGUUUGAACAUACUAAACCUACAGAUCUAG